AUGGAUAGAGAAUCUGUGCCAAGUACGGCCAACUUAGAGGACCAGCUGCGGGAUAUGAUUCUCGGCAACGCCACUGUCGCAGGAAGCCCCACUAACAACACAGCUUCCCACCGUGGUCGCCAGCAACAGAACCGCAGAGGCAGGGGCGAGUUUGUCGGAGACAGAGGGCACACUGCAUUCAAUCCUCCCACUAAGAACCGCCGGCAGGCUCUGAAUCCCAAAGGCCCAUCACGCAAUCGUCAAUCUCAUCAGAUCUCGCAAGGUCUACCCCUAUCCAGUGCUGUACAACUCGGCCCGACGAUUCUCCAGCGGCCAGCAAACAAAUCUAGCCCAAGAAACAGGCCUCGGGGAUCUUUGAUGACUCCAAAUGACUCAAGGCAGGGUCGCUUUCAUCCGCACUCCCAACAGAUGAACCAGAUUCCUGAGAAUCCAAUGGCCCAAGUUAACUACCUAGACCGUCUCGCCGCACAGGAAGUCCCGAAGUUUGAGAUCACCAUGGACGAGCUCGAAGAGAAGGAGACGUUCAGAACGCUGCUAGAGGACAUUUGCAAGAAAGCUGUGGCUAGUGGCCACUCUGGAGAUCUAGCUACCAUCUCCUUAGUGGGCUUUGGCAGUCUUGCGUCAGGUUUUGCUACUCCUGGAUCAGAUAUGGAUCUUGCAAUUGUCCCGACGUGGAAAAAUCUAACAACCUCGGUUUCGCAAAUUGACAUAGAGAUUCCUCGGCUGUUGGAAAAGGCUAUUCUAGACAGUAACAUGGGGGCGCGUUUACUCACAAAAACCCGAGUGCCCAUCCUGAAAGUGUGCCAAAAGCCAACUGAAGAGCUGUACAAAGCUCUCAUCGAAGAGCGGGAGAAAUGGUAUCAGCUUCCCGACGAGGAGAAGUAUGCAAACCCAGAACCAACUCAAGAAACCAGACCGACCGUGAAGCCAUUAAUCGAAGUAGAUGGAGACAAGUCUCCUCAACUGAAGCAGCGUCAAGACAACAAUGGGGGAACUAAAUUUAUUGGUAAUCUCAAGAUUGAUGCGGUCACUUCAAACGAAGCCCAAACCAACAACCCUAAACUAGCUAGCUUCAACAAAGACACCCCACCCACGGCGACCACGACAUCACCAGAAACAAAUAACGAAAACAAAGACCAAAGGCAUCGCCCAGAGAGACCUUGGGUUCGCGAAAAAGUACUCGGCCCUCUCGACUUCCCAAAAACUGGCGUCGGAAUACAAUGCGAUAUCAAUUUCUCAAACCCUCUCGGUCUACACAACACUCAUCUUCUCCGUUGCUAUUCUCUCUGCGACCCCCGCGUACGUCCCAUGGUUCUCUUCAUCAAAUCCUGGGCGAAACGCCGCAAGAUAAAUAGUAGCUACUCUGGUACACUCUCAAGCUACGGCUGGGUGCUCAUGGUGCUUCACUACCUUGUCAAUGUCGCCUCUCCACCAGUUUGCCCUAAUCUCCAACUUCUGUGGCGUCCACCAGCCAAUCUCAACAUGGCCCAACUCGAGCAGCUUAUGCAAGAAUCUACAAUCUCAGGCUGGACUGUCCGCUUCUGGCGCAACGAGGCCGAAAUCAUGCAAGCAGCACGUGCAGGUCAACUUGGGCAGAACCAAUCUACGCUAGGUAACCUUCUUCGAGGCUUCUUCCAGUACUAUGCUGUCUCCUCUCAGGGUCACGUAUAUGGUCCUCGCCCACCCUCAUUCUCCUGGACUACCGAAGUGUUAUCCCUACGUACGCCGGGUGGAAUACGGUAUAAAUCGGAGAAAGGCUGGACGGGUGCUAGGACGACUAUAAUGGCGGGCAAAGAAAUUAGGCACAGGUACCUCUUCGCGAUUGAGGAUCCAUUCGAACUGGAUCACAAUGUAGCAAGAACAGUCACGCAUAACGGAAUUGUGGCUAUCCGGGAUGAGUUUAGGAGAGCGUGGAGAAUCCUGAGUAUGGUUGGGAAGGAUAUGGAGCCUGAAGGUGGAUUGUUCGAUGAGGUUGUGGAGAAGAUUCCACCUCCGUCUCCUGACCCGAAGAUCAUGGAGCAAAAGGUGGAAAAUAUGGACAACGUUGCGAUUUACACCAAUGGCGAUGAAAACGAGCAACGUGGCAAGCCGCAGAAGGUGGCGGAUGGUAGUGUGUAGGAAGACCAACCCGGAAUGGAAGUGGAAUCGCACUCAGUUUGCGGCAUCACAUGGCAUCAGUCGGCGUCUUCGGGGAUGACAAAGUCAGGGAGGCUCUUUUGUGUAACAGUAGGCGUUCAUGGACAUGAGCGUGGGUCUAAAUCGGCGCGAAACGGAUCAGGCGGACAUCGGCAGAUCUAGUUCAGGAUGGUCUGAUCUCCGCGGUUUUCUUUCUGGGACUAUCAAUCCCCUGGCUUUGGUUCUGGGUUCUGGGUUCCUGGAAUUGGGACUUGUGUGUACAGAUACUUGGUAGGGCUUGCUAUUAUCGGUCUAGCUUGUGGGUUAUAUGCAAUAUCACGGUAGUCUAUGCAUUGGUGAAAUGACGAUUUCUCAGACUGGAUGCGAACUCUAC